CAUGAUGGACGUUUUUCGUUUGCAUUUGUAGUUCAUAUUUUAUCCAUACCUAUCGCUGAAGUCACACACGCUUUGCAUGAGCGAAAGCUGAUGAACAGCUUUAAAUAUGUAUAUUGUUCAAUGAUUACAGAAAGUCCUAUGUCUCAGACCAAGUACAAAUUAUUAAUUAAUCCUCAACAAUCACAUUGGAAGACACAGAUUUUUUAUUUUGUUGUAAUAUUUUUAAUAAUCGGUAUAAUAUGUACUUGGAUCAGUAUAUUGAUAUCGAAGAUAUUCUAUGUUCAAACUCUGGAAGAAUUAAAUCAAGAAAAAAAGACAUUAGCUGGUACAUGGUUACAUCAAGUACAAAUGUAUACGAUAUCAAUGAAAGAGAAUCAUACUACAAAUAAAAAUAUAAACAUUGAUCGUGAAUGGCAAUCCAAUAAUUCAACUGAAAAAAUUAUUGUAUGCUAUUAUAUAGUACCAAAAACCUUCAAUACAGCGUGGAAUCUUUCUCCGUCGCAAAUAGAUCCGCAUAUUUGUACUCACAUUAUUAUAGGUUUUGCAAGUAUUGUAAAUUGUACGGUUGACAUGGGUGUCAAUACUAGGAUUUAUGAGGAAGUUGUAAAUCUCAAGAAAAAUAACUCAAAAUUAAAAGUUAUGAUUAGUAUAGGUGGUGGUAAUGAAUUUAAUUUUGGGUUUCCAGAAAUGGUUAAGAACCAUGCAAAUCGAAAACGAUUUAUAAGAUCUGUGUUAAAUGUAACAAAGAGAUUUAAAUUUGAUGGAUUAGAUCUUGAUUGGGAAUUUCCAGCAUGGUUUGAACCUAAUGAAAAAGAGAAAAUACAUUUUGUACAGUUACUUUAUGAGAUAAGAAAGGAAUUUGAUCAUAGGAGUGAAAAAUUAAUCUUAUCAGUAGCCGCGGCAGCUCCGCAAACUAUCAUAGAUCAAAGCUACGAUGUUCCUGAAAUUGCAAAGCACGUUGACUUUAUAAACCUUAUGUCGUACGAUUACCACUAUUACGUUUGGUAUUUUCCUGUAACUGAUUUAAAUGCUCCUUUAUUUCCACAUAUUAUGGAAUCAGGAUAUUUAGAUACACUUAAUGUCAAUUUUUCUGCACACUAUUGGGUAAAAAAAAUGAUGCCAAGAUAUAAAAUUGUCAUUGGUAUACCAACAUAUGGUCAUUCAUAUAAAUUAGAUAAUCCUCUAAAUCACAAAUUACAAGCACCAGCUAGUGGAUUUGGUAAGCUUGGUUCCAAUGGUUUUGUAUCUUAUUCGGUAAUUUGUCAAUUCCUGAAGCAUGGAGCAAGUAAUGUUUUUGUAAAUAAGAGCAAAGUACCAUAUGCUUAUAGAGAUGAAGAGUGGAUAUCAUAUGAUAAUAAGGAAAGUAUAUAUUAUAAGGCAAAGUGGGUACUUGCUAAUGGUUUUAAAGGUGCUAUGAUUUUUUCUCUGAAUACUGAUGAUUGGAAAAAUGAAUGUAAUACAAAUGAAAGCUUUCCAUUGACACGUACUAUUACAAAAUUCUUUAAAAAGGGAAAAUAUUAAUACCUUCAAAUAAAAAGAUUAAAAAAGAUUAAUACGCAA